UCAGAGAGCACUUUGUUGUUAUGUCGUUGUGGUCGUAGAGUUAAAGAAUAGAAAAACAAAAAUUAUUAGGUAAAUAUAGGUUCAAUUUACUGGUGCGUGGAUGUAAUUAUAAAGCUGAAAAAUACACAAUAAUUUGACUUUAACAUAAGUUCAAUACACGUUAAAGGAUCUAUGAGAAAAUAAAAUGUCUCAAAAGAUUUUAGAUAUAGAUUUAAAAUCAGUCACAUGGAAAUCUACACGGAAAGAGGGCCUUAAUAUAGAAUACUCUGUACCGAUUCCUAGAACAAUAGCCGAUGCUGUGUUACAAGAGCUUGAAGAAACUAUAACAUAUUUUACAGGAGAUUUGGCGAAAAUAAAGGUUUUCGGGAAAGUUUAUUCUUUGCCACGUCAACAAGUAGCAUACGGCGAUCCUGGUAUAACAUACCGAUACUCUGGAACCACAGUACCAGCACUGCCAUGGCCACAGUCUGUUUUAUCGUUAAGAGACUUUCUUUUUAAACUAAAGGGUAUUAAAUACGAUUUUGUUUUAAUAAACAGGUAUAAAAAUGGCUCAGAUCAUAUGGGUGAACAUAGGGAUAACGAACCCGAUUUAGACCUUACAAUGCCUAUUGCUUCAAUGUCUUUUGGUCAAGAAAGACCAUUUGUACUAAAACAUAAGGAUGCUAGGAAACCAGGGCCACAAAAAAUAAAUAUUUUACCAGUAAUAAUUAAGUUAGAACAUGGAAGCGUGCUUUUAAUGAAUCCCCCGACGAACGAAAUUUGGUAUCACAGUUUGCCAACGCGAAAGAAACUUUUGGGUCCAAGAAUAAACUUAACAUUUCGUAAAAUGCGAGUGAAGAAUCUCAUGAAAUAAAAAUAAAUUAAACUUUUGCUGUA